AUGAAGUCCUUGGAAAUGAAGACGAUCCCGCCCACUUCAAGAAGAAGCAAGCCAUGGUCAGGAAAUUCAAACAUAUGCGAAUCUGUGGAAAAGUAUUUGUUGGAUGCCUGAAAAAGACCAAAGCAAGGUGUAAACUUGUCCCAGUUUGCAAAGUGAAGUACUUCGCUUGCCGCUGCAUUCUGAAAGGUGUGUCWAAAUGCAAGAGAUUCCUUGGCUGGGUUAGGAAGAUGGUAAAGAAGCACAGAGGCAGGAAACACGAUGAGGAGGAAGAAGACGAAAGCGAAGAUGCGAAGAAGGGAAAAUGGAAGGGAAUUGUGCGCAAGUGCAAGGCAGGAUAUGGAAAAUGUUCCAAAGGAAAGAAAUUCUGUGGACCUUGCCUUAAGCAAUUUGGUACCUGCGUCAAGAAACACAUUUUGAAACACGUCUGCAAGGCCGCUGGUCACUCUAAGAAAGGAGACGAGCCCAUGGAAGAUGAAGAGGAGGAACAUGAGAAUGCAAUGGCCAACCUUGUUGAGCAUGAAGACACCGAGGAGGACGAGAAACAAGUCGACGAAGAUGARGCCGAGGAAGAUGCACGCAAAGGCAAAAAGCCUACCGCGGCUCAGAUUCGAUGUGCUAAACGAGGUCUGAAGUGCAUGCUGAGAGCAAAGAUGAACUGCAGACGACAAGGRMGAUGCYUGCGUMGCGCCAUGAGAUGUUUCAAACGWGCCAAACGCGGACGUAACURAAGGRCCAAAUCCAUGGAAAAGACGACCUAAUAGCGWAGAGAAAACAUGUAGUUGACAUAUUUAGAAUGAACAAUAAAGGGCAUUGAAAAAUUGA